GGUACCCUUUUUGCAACAGCCUGUACACACGACAUCAUUUUAAGGCAGACCUAGCAAUUUAUGUCGUAUUUCUGUAACGUUACGGUUGAAUGUCUAUUAAUAAAAAUUAAAAUCCUGCCAUGCCAUGGACUAGGUUAGGUUCUAUCUAUGCCCUAUGACCUCUCCAGUCGCAUCACGACGAAUGUUGCGUUAUUUUAAACUCAGUCAACUCAACCAAAAUAGAAUAGUUUGAAGAUCUCAGAAUAAUUAAACCUAGGCAUGUUUUUGAUGCCAGAAGACUGGCUGGUUUUAAGCUAUAAGCUAUAGAAAGAAGAAACAAGCAAGGAUGCAAGAGACAGAUAAUGACAUGGAAAUGACGUUAGGACCUUGGGACCAAAACUAAAUAAAACAAAUAUAUUUUUGCUGUAACAUGAACUACCUAGCCUAAUUUGUGCUUACAAUGAAGCAAGGUUUUGUAAGUCUCCAUUUGCUCGCCAUUCUUAUGUUAUUAUUUGGGAUGUUUAACACCUGCAAGAGUAGUGAAGACCAAGAAGAUUCUGAACUCGGAGACGCCGAAAAUGACAACGACUCAAUGAGCAUUUCUGCUGACGACGAUAAAGAUAACGACGCCGUCAACAAGAACUGUUCCCGGAGUCAGAACAGUCUCACGCAUGAAAUACAACAAGCUCGUCUCGGACAGUUCCCGUUUGUAGUUGCGGUAAUGUCUGAACAAAACGAAUACCUGUGUUCUGGCGCCCUGGUAUCCAAUGGCAUGAUUUUGACUACCGCUACUUGUCUAAAAGAGUACAACAUAAGUUACGUACUCGCUAAUACAACGAAAGCUGUGAAAGGUGACAACGCUAUCAUUCUUCGUGUCGUUUAUUCCGUAAAGUUUCCAACAUUUCAAGCUGAUGAAACCAAAGAUGUAGGAAUCUUAUAUGUUGACAGACAUAACCAUUCUGAAGUGACCCGUAUAAGGAUAAGCAACUAUACAGCUAGUAAAGGUCUUGCGGAAAUGGAAGCUAUAGGCUUUGGACUGAAUUUGGAGACACACGGCACUCGGGAACUUCAAUAUGUUGGAUUUGAACAUCGACCUGCUUACGAUGAGGGAGACAUAAUGAAGGGGUACCUGGACUGCAUUGAAACUAAAGUUGUGACUUGCUUUAGAGAUACUGGUUCCCCAGUUAUAUUUAAUAACGAGUUAGUAGGUAUAGUCAUUAAAGGCCAACCGGAUUGUAUUAAAGAGUUGUCCUCUUCCUACUCUGUAAACAAAGCGAUGGCUAAUAUAUUGCCUACUUACGUCUUUAAAACUUGGUUAGAUGAUCGUAUUGCUAAAAAUGAACUAAACCAAAAGGUAACAUUGGUGGCUUAUCCAGAUGUGGCUCAAUCAGAGAAUGAAAAAGCCAAAAAAAUCAGGCGUGUUCUAAGCCACAUAGAUACAUCUUCUGGGUCUAAACCGUCGUUUUUAAAUAUUUUUGUGUUAAUGAGUUUGCUGUUGCAUUUUUUUAAAGUUUAAUGCGUUUAAUACAUUUUACUCACUGUGAGAACAUUAA